GUAUAUCAAGCAACUUAUGCAGCUGCAAAUUGAAAGACUCAGAAAAACUUCUGUGUCUUGAACGGGAUUUGAACCCGUGCCCGUGCAUAUUCCUUGCACAAAAAGUUGUUCUUGCCUUUUGUAUAGUCUAGGCUUUUGAAGGCUUCGUUUUCAAUAAUUAAUGCUCGAAUUGAAUUAUGAAAUCAAGAAUCCAAAGAUGACAAUAACUAAAAUCCAACCAUUUGUUCGGAGGCGUCGGUACGUCCGUGUCGCCUACUCACUUCAGUCGCGAAAUUUGAUUGGUCGCGAGAAAGGAAACGUCAGUUUGAUGACAUGGAAAAGCCACGCACGGAGUAUAGCUACGACAAUCCUCGAUAGCAAUAGAAUGGAGAACAACAGCCGUUUGUUUCGUAGUUAUUCAGCUGAAAUGGACUUCCAAUAACAGUUUUAGAAGCAGAGUCAGCUCCUUCUACUGUUACAGACCUCACCGCUGACAAACAAAAUGAAACCGAAGACAUGCGAGGCAUGCGCAUCUAAGAGACGCUACAGCAGCAAUGAGGAAACUGCUAGUAGUAACGAUGAAAACAAUGGAAAACCUCGAGUCAACAAGAAACCCAUCGAGAAGAAAAUAAGAGAGCGUACCAGUCCCCCGACCACUGAUAAUGAGCGCGGCAGUUCUAAAAUUACAAAAGAGAAAUCAGGUCCAGCCUCUGAUGCUGCCCAGAAGCUUGUAUCAUCAGCAGAAAUCGAUAAGAUUGUAUCUGAUACUGUGAGUGUUUCUAUAAAACAAAGAGAGGAGGAGCCCCUGGGUGAAAGAACCGACCGAGAAUCUUCUGAUAAGAACGACAAGAGCGUUGAAAUCGUCGUUGAGGAAGCUAUCAAAGAGCGUGCUGCUGAGGAAGAUAUGCAAAAUACUGGCUUGAACAGAAAGGACGAUGCAGUAGUUGUGGGUUCGAGGUCGUUGAAAGAUGAAAUCAAAGAAAUUGAGCAAAUGUGGGCGACAAUCGAAGGCAAGCGAAGCAUUUCUGUUGGCAGCAAAGGUCCAAGAGAUUCGUUUCUGUACGACUUCCUUGGAGAAGAGGUAGAUAGAGAUGAAGCAGAGGCCCUGGAAGCCCUGAAUUUCUAUUGGUUAAACACAGUUGCUAAAAGCGCUGCAAAACCGAGGACAGAUAUACCAGAAGAGCACAAGGACUUUUACAACAAGUACUGCAACGGUACGAGGGAGCUGACUGCCGAGUCGGCGAUGAAAUUGAUGAGUCUUCCACAUGUCGUUACCGUCAACCUCAAGUCCAAUGCCAAGAUAGAGGUAGUCGUAUCAGACAUAUUCCUUGCCUUACAAGACUCACCUGAACUACGACAUGAAGAUUUUGAGGUGGUGGAGRCCAUGGGGAUGCAUUUGUUUUAAACACCAGACCCAUCCAGUCGACUCUCGUUACAGCGGACACCCACGGGGCUGUUACUCGGUGUCUGUAACAAGGGUUGAGCUCAUUUAUAGCUAGAUAGUCCUGGACCCGGUUAUACGAAGGGUGAAUAGCGCUAUCCGACGGAUAAUUCCUUAACCAUAGGAUAAGUAUAUGCUGUUGUUCAAUAAAUUUAUCAAUGGGAUAACAUGUAUCCGCCGGAUAUAUAUAGCGCUAUUCACUUUUCGUACGACCGGGCCCUGCUUUAGAAAACCACAAGACACAACCCACAACCCACUUUUGUCAAGUGUUAAAUGAAAUACAAUUACUAAUAAUCGUCAAUAAGCCCCCCCCCCCCUCCACACCCUUCCUGCCAUGCCCUUAAGGCAUUAUACUCUGACAACAUUGUAGCAUGGGAUCGGUUUCACUGAUCCACAUGGAACUAGGCAAUAAGCCUGAAGCGAGAUGACGUUUUACCCCCGUCUCUAGACCAUAAUCCUUUUCACACUGCUUUUGUUCUUUAAUUAUGACUAUUGUUCCUGUAUUCUCUAAGGAAUCAAAAAUUUUAAUAUGAAAGAAUUUUAAAAACUAUUAUGGUAUAGAGUCGGGGGUAAAACGUCAUCUCGCUUCAGGCUUAUUGGCAACGCAUGGUAACUGACUGUUCAGGUUUCUUACAACCCAUAGAGCUUUGCAUCAGAUUUGAGGGGCACUUUGCAUAAACGCAAUAAUUUUCAUGUGCAGUGAAGGAUAACAAGCUAUUGUACUUAUGUAAAGUGCAUGCCCCUCAAACUGUCGAGAAUAAAGGUGCUGACACUCGAUGCAACAUCGCACGCAACAGGACUUUUGUAGCCUGUGUCUACCCCAAACUUGGUGCACACAACGUUGCAUGCAACAAAUCUGAAGAACAUAGCGCGCAACAAAUUUCAUCACAUGAACAUGGCUGCAACAUUACCUGCAACAUUUUGAA